AUGCUACUUGCACUCCGCACCGGGCUCGUCACCUUUGGUACUGUAUACGUAGCCGUCCUGGCUUUGCUCACCCUGCCAUACUUCCAGACACACGCCGUCUUCCUGAACGCGAUACGGAUACCAUGGAAGGGCCAGCUUGAUAAGCCAGAGCUGUAUGGUCUAGCACCGGGCAAGGCUGCUAAUCUCUACAUCACGACUCCCGACAACGUGACGCUUGGUGCAUGGUUUAUCCUCGCAGAUCCUUUAUACCAGCAACUCGAUUUUCCUCCAGCUAAGGAUGCUGCUUCUUCCAACAUCGCCAAGGCCCUCCAGGAGUAUCCGACCAUACUGUUUUUCCAUGGAAACGCUGCAACGCGUGCUUUUCAUGUUCGGGUCCAGCAAUACUCUGCAUUCACGUCGAGACUGAGGGCCAACGUUUUCACCAUUGACUACCGCGGAUUCGGCGACAGCCAGGGCAAGCCGUCUGAAGACGGUCUGGCUACUGAUGCGCGUGCCGCAUGGGAUUGGCUCAUCUCGCAGGGCGCAAGGGCAGAGGAUAUCCUGAUCGUGGGCCACAGCUUAGGUACCGCGGUCUCGGCGACGUUGGGUGCCCAGCUAUCAACGGAAGGCAUUCGGCCAAAGGGUCUGACGCUCAUGUCACCGUUUUCGACGCUACAAGGAUUGAUCGAUAACUAUUACUUCUUCGGCACAUUCCCACUCAUGUUGCCACUGACGUGGAUCCCUGGUGCAACUGAUGCAUACAAGCGAUUCCUAGUGCAUGAGUUCAACACGAUGAGCAAGAUCUCUCGAAUCAAAAUCCCUAUUCUUAUCCUGCACGCUGAAAACGACUGGGACGUGUGUUCUGCGCACUCGGAGGCGUUGUUUGGAGUGCUCCUCGAGCCAUUCUUGCCUGGUGUGGAUGCACCCUCAAACGCGGCGAUGAGCUCAUGGACGCUGGAAGAGUGGAACGCGAACAGCGAACAGGUCCUGAAACGGAAGGUGGCGCGUGACUCGCUGGUGAAGCGGGAGACGAUUGACGGCUUCGGGACGAUAGAAACAUUCGAAGGAUCUGGAGAAAGAGCAGUCUGGCUCAAGACACUGGCCGGCUCGCACGACCGUGUCGGUCUCCUCGAGGGGGUGCACGAGAUGAUGAGGCGAACAUUUGGAAUGUAGAACAUAUGCAUACGGUCCGACUUUUCAAAUCUCCCGUUGACGGCCGGUCG